AUGUCGGACACUGACGGGUCCCCGGAUACCUGGAUUUCGUCAUAUUGCUCACUGAUGGGCCAUGAGUUUUUUGCAGAAGUGUCGGAAGACUUCAUCGAAGAUGAUUUCAAUUUGACCGGCUUGCAGUCCCAGGUUCCCUGGUACAAAGAGGCGCUUGAAUUGAUCCUAGAUGUGGAGCCUGAGGAGGAUGAGGAGGACGAAGAUGACGAUGAGGAGGACGAGGACGAGGACGCUUUACUGGCAGGUGAUAGGCUUCCCGGGUAUAGGAGAACGGGCGAGCGAAAACAUUCGCGUGUCGCCAGUGAUCUGAGUGUGAUUGAGAGCUCGGCAGAGUUGCUGUACGGAUUGAUUCACCAACGGUAUAUUACCUCGAGGCCUGGCAUUCAACAGAUGUUAGAGAAGUACGAGCUGCAGCAUUUUGGCGUGUGCCCUCGAGUUUACUGCAAUGGAUGCAAGGUACUCCCCGUCGGAAUUACGGAUACACCGGGUGUUGAUACUGUCAAACUCUUCUGUCCAAGUUGUCAGGACAUAUACACACCACCGAACAGCAGAUUUCAGUCAGUCGAUGGCGCAUUCUUCGGCACCACAUUCGGCUGUCUCUUUUUGAUGACAUUCCCGGAGCUCGAUGUCGCAGGUCAAAACGAAAGCUUGUCCCCUACCCAGACCAACAAUUCAACAACAACAAACACCCGGCAUACACCGUCCAUAACCUCCCCAACAACACCCUCCAUCUCCCAAGCCCUUUCACCCCAGCCCGCCCAGAUAAACGGCAUGAUGAUAUCAAACCUUUGCCCAGGCCUGGGGCAAGGCAAGAUAUAUGAGCCACGGAUUUACGGCUUUAAAGUGGCUGAGCGUGCCAAGUCCGGGCCGCGCAUGAAAUGGCUUCGGAUGAAACCGGACGAUAUUAACGAACUGGACGAGAGCGCUAUAUACCACGCAUCGCACCCCGAAGGAGAGGCCGACGAGGAUGCGGAUAUGGAGAUGGGAGCGACGGAAUCACCGCAACAGGCAGCUAUCAACCGGAGGAAAAAAGCCCCCAUACGGAGACGGAGACACCAAAACCCGGAUUUAAUGAAUUCUAAUGGUAUGGGCCAAGGUCUAUGA